AUGGAUCAGACGCAGUCCGGCAGGCUGUCCUCCCACCUUGAUGCAUUGCGACGACCAACAUACCCUUCCUCUUCACGGCAGAGGAGACCGCAGCAGCACGCCACCACACCCUCAUCUUCUUCGCGGACCCUCAUCGAACCCGCUAGUUUAUCCCGGCAGGCGAGCUCGAACCCGAAUCCCUGUCGCUAUGAAUCUCUAGAGGAGACUUCCCGUGCUUAUCGUACCUCUGCGUUGCGCCAUCUUCACGGAAACGGCACGCCCAAGCCCUUAUCCUGGAAGGCUCGCCAAGCAGCAGCCAAUAACCCCGGCAGCGGCAAGUCUUCGAGCCUAGCAUCGCAGCCUGUUCUUGUUCGGUCCUAUUCCGGAGAUCCUGAUGAGAACUCCGGUUCGUCCAAGAUGCCUACUCGGCGGUCGUUUCUUUUUCCGGGAAACUCCAGCUCCAGCUCUCAGCAACGACGGCAGCCCGAGCCCGAGAUCCCGGCCGGUGAGGAGUUCAGUAUUGACGGCAUCCUUCGCGCAAUAGAGCCGAACAUUCGCAGUACGCUCAACUCAAUUGGAGAAAUCUGUGGCCGCAGCAAGCUCAGUUUAGCCAACGAGUAUGGCAGUCACAUUGCGCCUCUAGGCGAGAUUCGUGCGCCCCCUGGAGGACUCUUACCUGUUGAAGAGGCCAGUUCCACUCAUGAGGGAUACUCUGGCGAUAAUGUGGUUAUCUAUGAUGAUGACAAUCCUGUCGAUGGACGGGAGCAUUCUCCUUUCUCGAACUAUACCUUCUUUGACGCCCUCCUUCCUCCCAUCUCUGUACCCUCGCAAGCUGUUCAUACGAACGAUCAACCGCGUGAACAACCAGCCGAGCCUAUUCCUACAACGCGCGAGUUUGCAUCAAAGCCCAAAGCAGGCGGGCGCGCAUUACUAGGGACGACAGAAGCAGACGACGACCGUGUUCAAAACAUCCUCACACCAGCUCUGGUCUCGGAAAUCCUCCUCGACGCCCAGGCCAAUGGCCGUUUGAAGCCUGACCAUCUUUCCAGCCAAAUGUCUCAGGCAAACAUAUCAACUCAGUGGGCAGAUCCUAGCAAGCCGUCCGACGUGCAAUCACUCUUCCGCUGGCUGAAACAAGCUGCGUGGAGCGAUAGUUGCGAAGGUGGACAGCAGACGGCCGAAAGCCGGCUGCGGGCGACGCUUGAGCGACAAAGUGAGCCCGUGUCUCCUUGA